GGCUUAAACCGCGACGUCCCUGUUCAACAUGGAGUACAGAGAGGAGAAAAAAGGCAGGACCACCCUAAAAACUUAAAAAUGCACAUUUGGAUGUAGUUUCCGAAGAUAGAAACGAUGGACUCCUGAUUUUUAACGGCCCACUUGGUUCCGGGACUCUUGCGUCGGGCGCCAUUUGAAGUGUCGAUUAGCUUUUUUAUUUUUUUUUGUACUGCAACCACGCGAACCGGCGUCCGAAAGUGUCACAACUAUUGAAGGGGGGAAAAAGCCUGUUACCAAAUAGGGCCACUUAUCUCUUAUCGCUAAUUAUCGGAAACAGGUUAUAAUAUCGUGACCCGCAUUGGUUAGGUCCGGGUUAUUGGGUGAAAGGUGACACUGAGUUUACUUGAGAAUGCACAAUGCAGCGAGUGUGUCAGCCUCUCUGGGCUCCAUUGGGCUGCUGCGUCUUUUCGGACUGUCCUGGACCUGGAGUCUGCUGGCGGGACUCGCGGUGUACCUGGGCACCAGUCGCUGGAAGUAUUUCUAUGUGGCAGCACGGACCGCCAAAAGAGAUGUCACAGGUCUGUGCGUACUACUAAGAGUCAAGGUGGCUCUGUGGCGCUACAUGCGUGACGGAAGCAACGUCCUCACCAUGUUCGCCGAGACGGUGAAACGCAACCCUAACAAGAUUGCGCUCAUCUACGAGGCCACGGGGGAAUCGUGGACCUUCACUCAGCUGGAUCAACUGUCCAACUCGGUGGCUCACUGGGCCAGAAGUCAGGGCUGGGUCACCGGAGACAUAGUGGCUCUCUUUAUGGAGAGUCGACCGUUGCAGGUGGCCCUCUGGUUGGGCUUGGCCAAAGUCGGCGUGGAAGCUGCUCUCAUCAACUUCAACCUUCGCAAGGACUCACUCCUGCACUGCAUUGGGGUGUCUCGAUCUCGGGCGAUUGUGUUUGGAACCGAGCUUGCUGAUGCCAUCUCAGAGAUCAGCACCUCCCUCAGUCAAUCCAUGGUGAGGUUUUGUACCGGAGACCUCAGCACUCAUCACGAGGCCUAUCUGGGAGCAACGCACUUGGAUCCAAUUUUAGCGUCUACUCCGAGGCACUCCCCUUUGCCUUGUGUUAAGCAUAAAGGCAUGAAUGACUGUUUAUUUUACAUCUACACGUCUGGCACCACAGGACUACCCAAGGCUGCUAUUGUUGUGCACAGUCGGUACUACAGAAUUGUUGCUUUCGGCUACUACGCUUUUCGUAUGCGCCAGGAUGACAUCAUCUAUGACUGUCUUCCGCUCUAUCAUUCUGCAGGUAACAUCAUGGGCGUCGGCCAGUGUCUGCUCAAUGGCCUCACUGUCGUCGUCAAGAAGAAAUUCUCCGCAAGUCGCUUCUGGGAUGAUUGUAUCAAGUACAACUGCACCGUGGUUCAGUAUAUCGGUGAAAUUUGCCGCUACCUCCUGUCUCAGCCGGUGCGUCCGUCAGAAAAGGCCCACAAGGUUCGCUUGGCGGUUGGAAACGGUCUUCGUCCAAGCGUGUGGGAAGCCUUCACCGAGCGUUUCGGCGUGACACAGAUCGGCGAGUUCUACGGAGCGACCGAAUGCAACUGCAGUAUCGCCAACUUGGACGGCAAGGUGGGUGCCUGUGGAUUCAACAGUCGCAUUCUGCCCAACAUUUACCCCAUCCGUCUGGUCAAAGUGGACGAGAGCACGAUGGAGCUAGUCCGGGAUAGCCGGGGUCUUUGCGUGCCCUGUCAACCUGGUGAGCCAGGGCUCCUGGUUGGCCGCAUCAAUCAACAGGAUCCUCUGAGGCGCUUUGACGGCUACGUGAACCACGAAGCCACCAGCAAGAAAAUAGCCCAAAAUGUUUUCAAGAAGAAUGACUCAGCCUAUUUGUCAGGCGACGUCUUGGUGAUGGAUGAAUUAGGCUACAUGUAUUUCCGCGACCGCAGCGGCGACACGUUUCGCUGGCGGGGAGAGAACGUGUCCACCAUUGAAGUAGAGGGCAUACUGAGCAGCCUCUUGGAUCAGAUCGAUGUGGCCGUUUACGGUGUGAUGGUGCCAGGUGUCGAAGGGAAGGCAGGCAUGGCCGCCAUUGCAGACGGCAACGGCACGUUCGACCUCGACGCCUUCCUGCAGAAGGUCCAGACGGCUCUCCCGCCGUACGCUCGGCCGGUGUUCCUACGACUCUCGCCGAGCGUCGACACCACGGGUACCUUCAAAAUCCAAAAAACAAGGCUUCAGAGGGAAGGCUACGACCCACGACUCACAAGCGACCGGCUCUACUUCUUAAACGUGAAAGCCGGCCGCUACGUUCCUGUAGACGACGAGCUCUUUAUUGCCAUAACGGAGGCCCGAGUGCAUUUAUGACGUGGAAGUCUGGAAUUGUAACCAUUCAGGGAGCAGAUUUGACAAGACUACUCACCAAGGGACCACUGUUACAGGUGAUUCCUUUUGUUUAUUUUUUAACACUGUAAGAGUAAGAUGCCUCAUCACAUGAGGGCAUUGAUAACCUCUUCCACCUCACCGAGCUUUUGCUGCACAUACUUGAGUGCCAUCCUGAUUUAAGAGGAAAAUCCGGUGGCUUGGUCAACUUUGUCGCAAGGAGGUAGCAGUUAAUCUCGUGGUGUUAAGCAACGCCAUGAAAGGGGUCGCAAGGUCAAAUACUAAUGUUUUUAAUGCUCUAGAUGGAGAAAAAAAAAUCAUGUCCACAUGACUCAAAAGCAACACUUAAUAACGUGCCUUAUGUAAAAAAAAAAAAAGAAGUGGAAUUUUAUGA